AGCUAUUCAAAGCCAUUCAAAGCCCCCCAAGCACUUCCAGAUACAAUCUAUUAGGGAAAAAUCGCGGCAGAUUCGAAAAUUCUUUACCGAUUAUGUGUACAGAUGCAUGUACCUGAGCAGGUACCAAGGCACUCAAUUAGCAACCGCUUCCGACUGGCGACAAGUGCCAACGCUGCGUGGCAUCUCAACAUCAUCAGUAUCCUUCACUUACCGUAACGCCAUUACAGUGGUACCGUCUCAUCUCUUCCUGUCGCAGUGAAUUCUCUAAAGACAGUAUCCCUCUUGACUUUAUCGAUACUCUGAGCUUAGCAGAAGUACACUCUCCGCGUCGUGACGGACCGCAGCUUAUCACUCAGUUACGGGACCACAUGGUCACCAACCGUAUCCAAGACAGAGUCACGAAGCACUAUUCGAUAUGCAUGAAUUAUUUCUCACUGCAUCCGUUAAGCCAGGAGAGUUCGACACAGCCUGCGCCAUACUCCAGGGCUUAUCAUGGAUGACGGCGCGUCGGACGAUUCACCGGAUUCUCUUCUUUGCAGGUCAGCCACAGCCGAAGGGGCUGCCUAAGGCCGUACACCCAAGCGUCCUACCACGCCAGCAAGAGAAGCAGUUAUGGGGGGAAUUGAACAAGCAGCUUCUGCGCUCAUCAUACAUAUUGCAGGCCACGUAUGAGGUAGCGCCAGAGGUAGACUUCGGCAAGGAAUCUACUGUAGACCUCAACCGCCUUCCCGCCACCCUUAGAUGGACUGACUUACCGGACCCUCUACGAGAUUCUCCCAUCACAUCUAGAAAGAAGAUCGAAAUACCGUUUCCACACAACUUACCAGGAUCGCUAUUUGCGAAUGGACACACGUACACAAAUGAGCUCAUCCAAGAGAGCUAUUCAUUCAAUAGAGGGGACCUAGAGAUUGUGUUGAGCAGGUACUAUCACCUACCUGAAUCACCGGGUCGUCCUAUCGCACACCUGCCGCCAUGGGCUGAUCUACGGCCCGUCGACUCAGCGCAGAAAUGGGUGCUCAACGUCAAGUUGAAUGUCGCUGAAGACGGUCAGCCCGAGAAGCUCACGAAGGCCAACGAGGAGCUCAUGCGCAAUAAGGCAGAGUUUGACAAGCUCUUCGAUUUCAAGGUCGUCGAUCGACGUAUCUUCGAUACGAGAAUCGCCCCGCCUCCUAUUGUUCCUGGUCGCGGACCGGUCUGAAUGCAGGCAAGGUUUUGUUUUACUGUACUUACACUUACCUGAUAUACACAACUGCUUCCACCAUGGAUGUUGAGGUACUGAAGUAUAGGCGCUUGGCUUAUAGAGACCUGCAGACCUAGUAAGAAUUGUCCGCACGGGAACAUCACGUUACUCCAUGCUAGCGCUGCAUAGAUUAUUGUUUCGAGCUAUAUCAGGAUGAGCCACUGCCCAUAUCUGCGUGUGACACUCGCGGUCCUGAAG